AUGAUUCCAUGUUUUGGAGAAUCUGGUUCUGAAGUUCCAGCUGAAACUCAAAUGCUUCUUUUGGAAAUUUCUGAGCCCACUACUACUGCUGGAGAAAGAUUCUACCUUCUAUUGUUGCCUAUAUUGGAUGGACAAUUCAGGGCUAGUUUGCAAGGGGCAAAUGAAAACAGGCUCGAGUUCUCUGUCGGAAGUGGUGAUCCAAAUGUCCUUACUUCCCAAGUAUUUGAAUCAUUUUUCAUAAGUUCAGGAGACAAUCCAUUCAAACGCAUCAAGAAUUCUAUCAAGAUAUUAGAGAAGCAAAAAGGUACAUUUAGUCACAUAGAGAACAAAAAGGUAAGUAAAACCAGGACAUUUUUUUACAGUUACUUUUCACUUGACAAUAAGUCAUUAUAUAACCAUAGUGAUAAAGUUAUCUAUUAUUUAUUUAUUUAUUUUUAUUUAAAGAUACCAGAACAUGUAAUGUUUGGAUGGAGCACUUGGGAUGCAUUUUAUACCGGAGUCAGUCCACAACGAAUUGAAGAAGGUCUUAAGAGUUACAUAUACAUAAAACUGGAAACUUGUCAACCAUAAAUAGAUGAUGAACAUGAAGAAAAAUUUCUUUCCUAUGAAGUUACUCCUAAGGAGGAUACGCUCCAAAAUUUAUCAUCAUAGAUGAUGGAUGGCAAAAUACUACAAUAGAAGACGCUUAUGAAGAUACUAGUGGACCUCCUGCUGAAGACAUAAAGUAAGAUCUUUGUUAGAUAUUAAAAAUGCAAAGAUAACAAGAACAAGAUAAUUUGAGACUUUUGGUCAUAUUUUUUUUAUUGAAUAACAAAGCAUCUAUUUAUACAGUAUAGUGGAAACUAAAUUGCAGAAAAAUCUGCUACAUACAGUAUAGUUAAGUACUAAAAAAUAGCAUGAAGAAAAGGUCAUAGUUAGUUUGACUAUUUUAUUGCCUACAGAAUAGCCCAAAUCAAAACUGAUUCCUGCAUUCUGUUAGCAGUUUUAGAGUCAUGCCAGUCAACACUCCUCGGCUCUGGAGCUGCAUACUCCAAGCUUUUUCCUCAAGUAUUCAUAUCUAAUCUUGGGAAGUGCCUUUGUUAAGAUAUCAGCAUUUUGAUUUUCUGUUUUACAGUAGACUAGCGGUACUUCUCCUUCCUUUUGUACCUCUCUUAGAAGAUAAAAUUUUAGCUCGAAGUGUUUUGUUUUGCCAUGAAACACUGGAUUAUUAGCAAUUGAAAUUGCAGCUUGGUUGUCCACAAAUAUCUGUGUGCUUUCUUCUUGUUCCAUAUACAAAUCACUCAUGAGUUUUCUGAUCCAAAGAGCUUGAUUUGCAGCAGAAGUAACAGCUACAUAUUCUGCUUCUGCCGUAGAUUGAGCUAUAAUUUUCUGUUUCUUAGAACACCAUGAAAAAGUUCAAGAACCAAAACUAAAACAAUAACCUGAGGUGCUUCUCAUAUCAUCAACACAUCUAGCCCAAUCACUAUCAGAAUAACCAUGGAAACUGAAAUUUUUAACUUGACUGAAUCUUAUUCCAUAAUCAAUUGUGCCAUUUAACAUAUCUAAGAAUUCUUUUUGCUGCUUGAAAAUGAAUUUUACUAGCACAGUGCAUGUACCUUGAUAGCAGACUUACUACAUGCAUGAUAUCUGGCCUGGUUGCAGUCAAAUACAUUAGGCAACCUACUAGACUCCUAUACAGCCUUUCAUCAACCUUUUCAGCUCCAUCUUCUCUGCAAAAUUUUUCCUUUUGAUUCAUUGGAGUUGGAGUUGGCUUGCACUCUUCCAUGUUGAACUUCUUGAGAAUUUCCUUUGCAUAUUUUUUGCUGAUAUACAAAUAUUGUAUUUUGCUUUUGCUGUACCUACAUACCAAGAAAGAAUGCCAUCUUUCCAAGAUCUGUCAUUUCA